AUGCAAGCACUCGCCCGCAUAGCCCGUCCCGUGCUGACGUUCAAAGCACUCCCCAUCCGGACGUUCACCACGCUCUCCCCCCUCCGGCCGAGCCUCUCCCGACCGCCCACCGCCCCCCUCCGCUUCACACCCACUGGCGUCGUCGACGUGGUCGCGCCGGGCUCCAUCUCCGCGCACCCAGCGCUGGCCGGCGGCGCGGCGCAGAUCCGGUGCGGCCCGCGCAACACGAUGAACGGCGCGACGCGGCUGGUGCAGAAGCGCCGCCACGGCUACCUGGGGCGCACGCGCACGCGCACGGGGCGCGCGAUCCUGAAGCGUCGUCGGCAGAAGCGCCGCGCCAAGCUGGGUUGCCACUGA